CGUGCAUGCAUUUUAUAGCGCAUACCUUGCUAGUCGAUCGAGUGAUAAUACAUGGGUCAAAGGAUAGGUACCAUCAAUAGGCGUUUUCCUGGAUCCGAUCCCUGCAUGCAACACACACAAACGUCGCCCCGCUAGUCGUCCCCGAGCCGAACCCCUGGAGUGGAAUACCUAAGUCGCAGGAGACCAAAAUCGUUGGAGAAUUGAAUCUUAACAAACCCAGAAGCUGAACAAUCUAAAGACCUGACAGGAAUCAUUACAGAAUUGCAAAGAUGGCAGAUUUAAAGAAUGAUUACAACAAAUAUGCGGACAUCGAUGAGGAUGAGAUUCUCAAGAAUCUCACUGAAGAGCAGUUGGAGGAGCUUGCCUAUGAACUAGACCCAGAUAAUAAUAUGCUACCAGCAUCAGACCGUAUGCGACCACAAACUAAGAAAGCACCCACAGGAAAGUUUGAUAGAAAACAGCUUCUUGAAUUCCUGGAAAAGAAGGCAAAGGAAGAAAAAGAUUGGGAGGAGAAAGUACCCUUUAAAUCUGGCCAGAAGAGAGGUAAAGUAUAUGAGAGGAAGGAGGAUGAGAAGAGUGAAGAAAAGACCAAUGGGAAAGGGAAACCAGAGGAAUGGGAGCAUGAACUAGACGGUGCUACUGAAGAAGACCUGGUGGAAUUAGCAGGUAUUCUGGGUCUACACAGCAUGCUGGACCAGGAGCAAUUUGCAGCAUCUCAACGAAGUGUGACAGGCGAUGAAAAGAUUAUCGGGCUUGAUGGUGAAAGAAUGAAGUUUUCAGCUGUCACCAAAGCUAGCCUGCCGAAAGAUUUCUCACUAGAACCCCCCAACACUACAGAUGUUGAAGGCUCGAUCAAGAAACUGAAGGCAAAUGACAAAGCAAUCAAAGAACUCAAUCUCAAUAAUAUUAAGGAAAUCAAAUUGGACGUUAUCCAGGAGAUAUUUUCUGCCGUUGGAGACAACACAGUACUUGAAUCGCUCAGUAUGGCUAGCACAGGUUUAGCAGAUAAAGCAGCAGCGAUGGCAGCUGAGGUAAUCAAGAAGAACACCACAUUGAAGUCAUUGAACCUAGAAUCGAAUUUCAUCACCAGUGAAGGCAUGAGUAAACUCUGCAAAGCUCUAGCAAACAACCCAACAAUAACCGAGUUUAGAGUAGCAAAUCAGAGAUCAAUGAUGGGCAGUAAAGGAGAACAGGAAUAUGCCGUCAUGUUGGAUAAGAAAAACAAGACUCUGCUGAAGCUUGGUUUGGCCUUUGAGCAUGCAGGACCUAGGUCAAUGGCACAAGAUGCUCUCAUGAGAAACAACGAAGCAGUACGUACAAAGAAAGGAGGAAAGAAGUGAAACCAGCUAUGAUGAGGAUUAUCUUGUCACAAAACUCAUCAUAUAGUGACUUCCUCUGCUCUGCUCUCAAUGUAGACGUCAUCUAUUAAAUAGAACUCUUAUCAAAAUUUGGUUGCUGCUCUUCUUUACUUCUGUUUGUGUGUUGGGUGAAGGGCUUUCCACAAGCUGGACAAAAAAAUCUUUCUGGAAACUUUGCGGUUUGUCUGUUGUGGAGCUGAUGGAAGAAAGCAGAAGGAUGUACAUACGAUUCUCUCUCAAAGGUGCCCCUGUAUCAUAUGAAUAUACUUGAAGUGGUGAUUCUGCAGAUUUUGUAGUUUCAGUUUUAGAAGAAAAAAAAGUUUGUUUAAAUUAAACUAAGAUUUCUAAUAAAUCCUUACAUGUAAUUCGCUGUUAUCAGUUUGAAAUAUAGACGCAGUGUUUAAUUAUUUUGGUCAGAUCCAGAGUUAAGUUUGCUGUAUCUUUUUAUUUUAGAAUUAAAUUUGCAUUUUCUAUUAACAUCUCAUUUCAUUGAUUUUCAUUGAUUUAUAUUUGUAGUCAUAAUUAAUGAGAAAUAAGGGUGAAACUAUCGUGAGCCAAUUAGUCUUGUUUUUAAAAGUAAAUCUAUUUCCAUCAUGUCUUUGUCCGAUGCAAUCUAAUUCUCUGACAAGUUUGUUUGGUAAAUGCUUGGAUAUACAGUGCUGUUUUGUGUAUGAUUUUUAUACCCUUACGGAUCCUGAAAAUACAGUUGUAAAAUACUGGGUAGUGUGAAAAUGUGGAGGUCAUUGGUUCUAACUUAAUGAUAUAUAUGCAAACUAGAAUAUCCCGUAAUAUUUACACUCUGAAUGAACGCGAGUUACAGAAUGAAGUUGGUUUCAUACUUUCUCAUGUUUGGGAUUUUCUCCUAUUCUGAGCAGAACUAUUUCAAGAGUAUGUUGUUCAUUGAUGUAGUUUGUCAAAGCCUCAAAUUCAUAUUUCAAAAAAAAGAUUCCUAGAUAGAGUAGAGCUUAAUCACACAACAUUCAUCACAAGAGGCAAACUGUGUUAGAAAUUGAUCCAUUUGUUGUAGACAUGAAGGAAGGACAAGUUGGAUGUUUAUUAACGAUUUAUGUCAAAAAAUCAAGCAUUUUGACAAGGUUUGUGUAGUUUUUAAAGUGCAAUUAAAGUGUGAAUGUAUGAACUUUCAUCUGAAGUGUGGCGUUUGCUAUAAGUAACAUAUAUCUGCAUCACUUCAUACAUCAAUAAUCCUUUGAUAAGAUGAGAGAUUGAAUACGAGCAUCAUGUCUUAAUAAUUGCAGUUAAUUUGUGCUAAAUGUCAUGCACAAAUUCAACUGGGCCCAUGAAAUAUACAACUAAUAGAUGUGAUUUGAGAAAAGAUUGCAGUGCAGGCCAAGAAAAAAUAAGUUUCCUUAGUAUCUGAAAUAUUUCUUUCAAAGUAGAAACGGUUAAUUCUUGUCAUUUUAGUUUAUUUCUGUACGUAGUAAGUAAGAUCAGAAUUGGAAGGUGCAGAUGAUAUAAAAUGAUAUUAGAGGGUACAUAUACAAAUUUGUCUAUUAUCAAGUCAUUUCAUCAAAUGUGUGACAUAUAGAAUAAAAUAAAGGGGCCAUUUUGUGUUUUAAUUAUCAACCUUGCCGUGCCAGUCCAUUUUUAAUUCCAACGUAUCCAUCGAGGUAUAUAAUCUUUCAUAUUUACCCAAUACUAUACUAUUCAACCCACCAAGGUAUCUGGUGUGAAUGUAUCUCUACUUAACGUUCUGAGAGCUUAGAAAGGCAUACUACUGUAAUUACUCAGAAGCAACUUUUUCAUUGCGUAUCAUUUUAAGAACCAUUGUUUAAUAGUGGUAGUUGUAAAAGCCAUGCUAUAUUGGACAUAAUUAAAUGUUAAUAACAGUAUGUUAAUUGAAGGAGAAGAAAAAAGGUUACUACAAUUUGCAAAAUGUAUUCAAAAUAUUCAUAAAUGUUUAUUUAAAGUAGGUAAUAUUCAAUUGAGAGGCUUGAAGGAUGUAGUAAAGAAUGAUUAUAUUGCAUUUUUUAAAUAAAUAUUUUAGUCAGAUAAUAAAUGGUAUAUCAGUAUAAAUCAUAGUUUUUGAAAAUGAACAAUGCCCUUACAUACUUGCUUUGAAAAUUGUGCUUAAAAUGAUUAACAAAUACAUACUUCUUUUUUACUUAAUUUUUAUUCAUCUAUUAGUUCAUUGUAUAAUAAAGAUGUAUGUCUGUGUGUAUAUAUAGGAGCAAUGGCCACCCACCAAUAGUGUCAGGACAAUCAUGGUUUUACAUGACAAAUCUUAGGACAUGCCUUAUUUCAUCGGUGAUUCUAAAUUGGCAUCGUACGAGAUCCAUCGUUAUGCGAACCCAAUUUCAGGCCUCAGUUUGUAGUAUUCCGUAGAGAGUUAACACCAAUAAUGUGCUUCAUUAAAUCAUUUGGGAAUUGGGAUGACCAUUUUGUAAUUCCAUGAAGAGUGUAGGUGAAGCUUCUUGCUUAAUACAUACCGUAGACAUUUAGAUGUGCUGUCUCUCGUUCAUUUGAAAUCAUGGGUUUAUGCAAAUAACUUUGAAGGUGUGCUUUUAUGCCGAGUAACUUUCAUUUUUUGAAGUGAUUUUUCUUGAAAGCAUCUGCCAGCUUCUAGUCCAUAUAGAUACAAAUUUGAUAUGUGUGUAAAAGCUCAUUACAGUGUUACCUGUUCAAUUAGUUGCUGUUUUUCCUUUUUUUUCAUAUAUGAUUUGUGAAAUAAGAUCAGAUUGUGCUAUUAUUGGAAAGUAUAUAUGGUUUGGACAUCCUGAAAUAAUGUUUUCAUUGAAAAUGCAUACAAUUUGAAUAGGUUCAUGACAAUAUGUUACUUACUAGUAGUAGUAGUAGUAAUAGUGGAAUCUAAAGGUGCACAAAAACAUCAGGCUUUCCUAAGAUUACACACAAAACUAUAUAGUGAGAGCAAAAACAGAAAUGUUGAAGUCAAUGAAACCAGCAUUCUUUGAUGCCACUACAGAGGUGAAAAAGGCCAGCAAUUUCCAUUUCAGAAUCCACUGCUAAGAAAAAUGCCCUGAGUACAAAGUCUAUUGAUGUGCCAUUAAAAAUGUUUUAUGUUGUGUAUAUUCCGUGUAUGUAAAUUGUUUGUACAAAGUCAGAUUAUUUCAUUAUGAUUAGCCACUUAGGAUUCAGAUUAUGCUUAUUUUCAACUCUUUAUGCCUUGCAUGAUUAAAAGUUCUGCCUUCUGCCCUAGUUUGCCAGUAGACAAUUAGAGAGAGAGAAGAAAUUCGCAAUGUAUCGACCACAGUAAUCUGGUCUGCACUGCCUUAGUAGGUUUUAUCGCAUCUUUGCAAGUGACUUAUACAUUUCUUUUCUUUGCAUGUACUACUUAAUUUGUAUUUAGCAAAAUGUAGGUUUAUUUUAUUGUAGUAAGAUCAGUACUAUAUGUGGUAUAUUCAGGUUUUAUGAUUAGGUACAUUCUCUCCUUGCUUCAACAUUUUAUUUAGGUGCAAUUCAAUAGAAAUUAACUUUUGGGGAGGUGGCAGAAUCUGGUAGAUUGUGAUAACAUGGAAUACGUGAACAGUGUUGGACAAUUUCUUUUACUAUUCUACAUGUAAAACAGUGUAUUCUGCAUUUGCACAGUCCUAAACCCCAAGGGUACCGCUAGACACAAGUUUUUUUCAGUUGGCUGUGGGUUUAUUCACGUUGUUCAGUUGACCAAUGAAAUUGUGCAUUCUUGUUCAUUUGGGUGCCUUUAGCCCUAACUUCAUGCAACCUCAUACAUGUGUGUUGUCAAAAUGCUGUCGUGUGGUGAUUUGAUAAAAGUGUGCAAGAGCUCGUAUGGUUCAAGUAGCCAUUCUAUUACUUUAAGAUCAAGAAGUCAGUCAUAUAUAACAUAUCAUGAAGAACUUGGCGACUCUGUUGUUUAUUGACACACUCCCCAAGUUCUUCAGCCAUUGUAUAUGUGGCAGUCCACAUGAUUUUCUCAUAACCUACCUGUAAAAAAAAAACUUGCUGAUCCAGUCACUGUUUGCACUCAUCUGACAACAAUCAAACUUUCUUUUCAGAUAAUUCUUAGCUCUUGAAGUUACAGUACAAAAAUGUGGUUAGAUAUUUUACUCAAAGAGUACGGGCAUAUGUAUCAUAACUUCUGACAUACAAUGUAAAGGGAUGUGUCUGUGAUUUGUAAUACUUGUAUAAUUAUGUCCAUGUGAUCUACGAUUUACAAGUUUAUAUGAACAUUUUGAAUAGAUAUGUAAGUAUAUGUGUCGUUUGCUGGUGAUGGACUGUUCUUCUUGGCACAAAGUUUGAUAAAUGCCAUUAUUCUGAAAGGCAGGCUCAAGCAUUUGCAGAAAUCUUAGGUUAUGUUUUCAGAAACAAGCAUGGCUCUUCUAUCCUAAUGAAGAUCAAUUCUGGAUAUCAUGUUAAUAAUGCAGGCCUUAUUUUAUCUGUUAUACUUUCUCUAAAUGCAUGCAGGCAGCACUUAAACUUUUUGUUGACAGUUUUCAUUUGGGAGUUCGUACUGUAUACUAAGGAUUGGAGACAUUUUUUUAGUCCACGUCUGCAUAUUUUCUGCAAAUGUUUGACUCUGCCUUUAACUGCCAGUACCUGUACAUAAUAAUCCCUUUCUAUUUGAGUAUUUGAUCGGUUUGUUUGAGAUCUAAGUCGAGUGGUAGAAGCAUAACACAUUUCAGUUUAACAAGGUGCACAAACUAUGGUAUGCUGCCUCGUAAUAGAAUCAAUUAUUCACAUGAUUAGUGCAUUGUAUUCUCUCAUUGCCCUUAAAAGUAAUGUCAAAACUUUAAUGAAAGGUUGUCAAUAUAAAGUAGAUUUAAUCACAGGGUUUGCAAUUGUCAAAUAUAUCUUAAAAUAAAUUUUAAAUCAGUGAUUGUUAUCAUGUUGGGAAAUUAAAACUCUAGUGAGAAUGUUGUAUGAUCUUACUUCCAGUGAUUUUUUUAAUGUGCAUCAGUUUCAUUCAUGUUUAUAUAUGUAAUGAACUUUGAUUAAAUGACUGUAUUAAAAUCUAGAUUAGACAAUUAAA